AUGAUAAAAAAUGCACAAAUAAUAUUACUUUCAUGUUUUUUAUUAUUUAUUGAUAAUGUUCUUUCCCAAUCAACAACAUGCAGAGCAAUUACUUUUUCAGGAGCAGGAGAUAGAGGAGCAUGGGAAGCAGGUGUUGUUAUGGGUAUAUUAAAUGUAAGAGAACCUGAAGAUUAUAAAUGGCAAUUCGCAACAGGUAUAUCAGCUGGUAGUAUUAAUGCAAUUGGUAUGUCAAUGUUUUCAGUAGGUGACGAAACAAGUGGACGUGAUUUUUUAGAGAAACAAUGGUUAAGUAUUACAAGAGAUGAUGUUUAUGUUAAUUGGAAAGAUGGUCCAAUCGAAGGAUUAUUAUUUAAAUCCGGAUUAUUCGAUACAACACCAUUAUUAAAUUUAAUGACAACAUUAGUAAAUGUUACAAGUCUAUUACAAUCAGACAGAGGAUUUCUCAUUGGUGCAACAAAUAUUGAUACAGGUGAUUUCAAUCGAUUCAACAAAACAGACCCAGAUAUAUGUUUAGGUGUUGUAGCUUCCUCUUCUGUACCAGCGGUUUUUCCAAUGAUUACAAAGAAUGGUUAUAACUAUUGUGAUGGUGGUGUUAGUUAUAUGACACCAAUUACAGAUACCGUUCGUUUAUGUUAUGACACUGGUGCAACCGAUGUUAUAGUCGAUGUAAUUUUAAUGGGUCCACUAGAACCAAUGGAAAAUGUUUCUUCAAUGCAUACCAUUGAAGUUUUAAUGCGUGAAAGUUCAAUAAUCACAAAAAACUUUCAUUUAAAGGAUAUUGAAAAUGUUUAUAUGGCUUUUCCAAAUGCAACUUUAAACAUCUAUACUCCCGGUCAAAAACUUCCUGGUUAUAUUUUAGGUUUCCAAUAUUCUGCAGAAAUGAUUAAAAUUGGUUUAAAGGAUGGUGAAACUCAAAAUAUUAAUCAAAAUAUAAAAAAAAAACAACAACAACAACAAUAA